UAAUGGAAGGUGAACAACAAUGAUAUGGAUUAUUUGCCUACACUAGUCCUCCUCAAGGACUCAUGGGUCCAAAGAUUUGACCCAUUGAUCCAACAUUUGAGUAGCUUCAUAUUAACACAACUACUUUCACUACCCCUAACCCCCCCCACCCCACCCCACCCCACCCCACCCAACCCACAAAGCAUAUUUAAAACUCUCAUCCACCUUACCUUCUUCUACUUCAACUUUUAUUCAAGUUAAAACAAUCUCUGUACAAUGUCCCCUUAAUUCUGACCCUAGAGAGAGAUAGAGAUAUAUCUUAGAACAAAAUGAGGUACAUAAGAACAGGCAGUUUCAAGAGGCUCUUCUCAAUGAAGCGUCAAAGCUUAGAAGAUUUGCCAAAAGAUUGCAUUUUUAUGAAGCAAGAAUCUUUCAAAGAUGCUGAAACUGAGUCUUGCAAGAAACCCACCUGGAAAUGCUUCUCUUUUGAAGAGAUUUAUGUUGCUACUAAUGGGUUUUGCUCAGAAAACAUGGUUGGUAAAGGAGGGUAUGCAGAGGUUUAUAAAGGGGUGUUAGAAGAUGGUCAAGCAAUUGCUGUGAAAAGAUUGACACAAAUAUCAUGUGAUGAAAGGAAAGAGAAAGAGUUCUUGACAGAAAUAGGAACACUUGGUCAUGUAAAUCAUCCAAAUGUUUCAUCUCUCUUGGGUUGUUGUAUUGAUAAUGGUCUUUAUCUCAUCUUCCAGUUUUCCUCUAAAGGUUCUGUGGCUUCUCUUCUUCAUGAUGAGGAUUUACCGGUAAUGGAUUGGAACACGAGGUACAAGAUCGCCAUUGGGACCGCACAAGGACUUCAUUACUUGCACAAAGUAUGUCCACGUAGAAUAAUUCACCGUGACAUUAAAGCAUCCAAUGUUUUAGUCACUAAAGAUUUUGAGCCACAGAUAUCGGAUUUUGGACUUGCAAAAUGGCUUCCUUCACAAUGGUCACAUCAUUCAAUUGCUCCAAUCGAAGGGACCUUUGGGCAUUUGGCUCCAGAGUAUUUUAUGCAUGGUGUCGUUGAUGAAAAAACAGACGUCUUCGCUUUUGGUGUUUUUUUACUUGAAAUUUUGUCCGGCAAGAAAUCUGUCGACGGUUCCCAUCAAAGCUUGCAUGGCUGGGCAAAACCAAUAUUAAACGAAGGUGAGGUGGAGAAAAUAGUGGACCCAAGACUCGAAGGGGAAUACGAUUUGUCGCAACUUAAUAGACUUGCCUUCGCGGCAUCUCUGUGUAUCCGAGCAUCGUCCACAUGGCGCCCUACGAUGAGCGAGAUUCUUGAUGUAAUGGUUUCGGAAGAACUAGAUAAAAGUCCAUGGAAAAUGCCUGAUGAAGAAACCGAAGAACAAGAUGACUUCUGGGGUUUUGAGGAUCUCGAGUUUGAAUUCUACGACAGUAGUACCUCCUCGCCUUCUCUCCAAGAUUCAGGCUCGACAAAAAGUAGUUAGAUAGGAAGGACACACAAGGGAACUUAUUAGAUGGUUCAUGUGUAUAUACGGUUUAUCUCACAUGAAGUGAUAAUACAAUUUGUUGAUCACUAUUUAGUAGUUCGACACGUAAUGUUAUUAUUUUGUGAGUCGGGUAUAUACACACAGGAACCAUACUAGACUUUAUUAUGUACAUAAAAAGUUUUUAUUAUAUUAAUAAAAAAAUCUGCAAAAAUUUAGCUGA